UUUGACAGACGAAGAUAUUACGGACAAAGAUUACGAACAUGCGAAAAAAGUAUGGAAGUCGUUCGAUAUGAAAACCAUGCACGAUUAUCACGAUCUCUAUCUAAAAGUAGACGUGUUAUUAUUGGCAGACAUCAUGGAAAGAUUUCGCGAGAUCUGCAUGGAGAAUUACGAAUUGGAUCCUGCAUGGUAUUAUACGUCGCCUGGAUUGGCAUGGGAUGCAUGUCUGAAAAUGACGCGUAUCCGUCUGGAUUUAAUUUCCGAUCCGAUCAUGUUUAAUUUUAUCGAAAAGGCAAAACGUGGUGGAAUCUGUAUGAUCAGUAAGAGAUAUGCCGUUGCCAAUAAUAAGUAUGUGAAAAAUUUUAAUCCGAAAGAGAAAAGUACAUUUUUACCUUACUGGGAUGCAAACAAUCUAUACGGUUGGGCCAUGUGUGAAAAACUUCCGUAUGGGAAUUUUGAAUGGAUGGAUUUAGAUCGGUUGAAAAAUUGGAAAAAUCUUCCGGAUGGAAAAGGUUGUUACGUCGAAGUGGAUUUAAAAUAUCCGAAAGAAUUACAUGAUUUGCACAGCGACUAUCCGUUGGCACCGGAACGUCUUCGAAUAGGAAAAGUCGAUAAACUCGUUCCGAAAUUAAACGAUAAGAAAAAGUAUAUCGUUCAUCAUACGACGUUAAAAAAAUACAUAGAAUUAGGAUUGAUCGUGACAAAAGUUCAUCGCGGUCUGAUGUUUUCGGAAAGGGCAUAGAUGGCAGAAUAUAUUCGGUUGAAUACCGACUUGCGUAAAAAAGCCAAGUCCGAUUUCGAAAGUAAUUUUUUCAAACUGAUGAACAAUUCGGUGUUUGGAAAGACGAUGGAAAAUGUUCGCGAUCGUAUCAACGUGAAGCUCGUUAACGGUGAAAAAAAGUGGAAUAAAUUAGUGAAAAAAAGUUAUUACGUCUCGACAGACAUAUAUACCGAGCACUUGGCGUUGGUUCACAUGCGAAGAACGACCGUUCGUUUGGAUAAACCUAUUUGCGUAGGUGUCGCCAUCCUGGAUAUCAGCAAGACGUUGAUGUACGACUUUCAUUAUAAUUACGUGAAGAAAAAAUACGGGGAAAAAGCAGAACUUCUUUUCACAGAUACGGAUUCGCUUCAUUACGAGAUAACGACCGACGAUCUUUUCAAAGACAUUGCAUCGGACGUUCGUCAGAAAUUUGAUACGAGUAAUUUUCCGAAAUCUCAUCCGUCUGGAAUUCCGUGUGGGAUGAAUAAGAAAGUCAUCGGUAUGAUGAAAUACGUCCGAAAUCAUAUUCGACACUCGACGAGGAUGGAAAAGUGAUAAAAAAAUGCAAGGGAGUUAAAAAAUGUGUUGUGAAAAAAGAUCUGACGCAUCAACAUUAUAAAGAUGUUUUAUUCGGUGAAAUAGAAAGAUGCGUAGGAAUGACGACACUUCGUAGUCAUUAUCAUAACAUUUAUACCGAACGUUUGGUAAAAACGGCACUUUCGGCCAAAGACGACUAGCGGGAUAUUUUAGACGAUAAGGUUCAUACGUUAGCACAAGUCAUAAAGACAUUCCCGAAAAAGAACGUACGUUACCAAAGAUCGACUUGGAAUAUAACGGAUUUUGUGAAUUUCCUUCUGUCCAGGAACUGGAAGAACUGAGAAAGUCGGAGGAACCGGUGAAAGAAAAAGUACCUAUCGAAAAGAAAAGAAAACUUCAGGUUUGUGAAUUUUGCACGCGAGAGAGUCACACAAAAAGCAUCGGAAGGAAACUGUAGUAUAUCUUAGUGUUUUCUGUAAAACCUUACAAGUCAGUCUUGGUAGUAACUUCCAACAAAAUUCAAGACAGUUCUCAAAUUUCUUACGAGUAAGUCUUGGUAAGAACUUUCGGAAAAAUCAAAGAUUGACUUGAAAGAUCUUACAAGUAAGUCUUAGUAACAAUCCCAACAGAAUUAAAGACUGACUUUAAGAAUCUUACGAGUAAAAUUCAAGUAAAUUUCAAGUCCGUCCUACAGUUCCUUCCAGGUAAAUUUUAAACAAAGUUAAACAAAAUAAAAGUAUUUUCAUACAAUAAAGAAAAUGACCGAAGUAAAUCCAGAAUCUGUUCCGGUGACCAAACCCACAGAUCCAUCGAAAAAAAUCAAGGAUCCACGCCGAGUCGAAGCGGGAAAAAGAUUGGCCAAAAUAAGUCAGCAGGCCAAAGCUGCGAAAAAAGCAAAAGCCGAGGAAAAUUUAAAAGCGGAAGUUCGCGGGGAAUGUACGAAUAAAGGUGGAUGGAUUUCCGUCGAAAGAUUAUGUUUGGUUUUAGGGGUAGGAAUCGGGUUGGGAUCGUUGUAUCUGACGUGGCAAGGUCGUUGUGACGAGAAAAAUCCUGCGAAACAGGAGGAUGAUGAGAUUGUAGACGAGAACAACAACGAUGUGGAAAAAGAUCCGCCGAAAGAACCGAUCGUCGACUUGUUUGAUUAG